UCUCACACACACAGACAUAUGAACUGAGCGCACCGACCGGGCUCAAAAGCGCAAACGUGUGCAGUUCUCUCUCACUAUGGGUGCGCGGGGACAUUUGUGAAUAAUUACUGGAGUUUGACACCUUUGUAAACGAGGAUUCGAAAUCCUUUUGCGAUCAUCCGUGGGAUUUUCGGACGGAGUUCCACUCCUGAAUACAUUUUUAAGGGAAUUCUGUCUUCUCGUUGAAGGACGGGGUGCCGGUGUUUUCCGGUCCUAAGCAGUUACGCAUCUUUAAAAGAACUCGGAUUUUUUUGGAGAAGACAACAGAAGAUGUUACUCUCCAAGUUUGGAUCUUUUUCCCAUAUUUGCAACACGACCAACAUCGACCACUUACCGGUGAAAAUUCAACUCCAAGCAGCCAAGACCGAAAGGGAGCCAUUUGAGAAGGUUUACCAUGUGGGUUCGGUGCUGGGAAGCGGUGGGUUUGGGACAGUGUACGCCGGUACUCGUAUCUCAGACGCGUUGCCGGUUGCAAUAAAACACGUCGCCAAGGAGAGAGUGACCGAAUGGGGUACUAUUAACGGGUCGCUGAUUCCACUCGAGAUUGUUUUGUUGAAGAAAGUGGGAAGCACGUUUCAGGGGGUAAUUAAACUCAUAGAUUGGUAUGAGAGACCCGACGGAUGGUUGAUAAUAAUGGAGCGGCCGGAGAUGGUGAAGGAUUUAUUCGACUACAUCACGGAGAAAGGCGCGCUGGAGGAGGACACCGCCCGGGGCUUCUUCAGACAGGUUUUAGAGGCGGUUCGCCACUGCUACAGCUGCGGGGUGGUUCACCGAGAUAUCAAAGACGAAAAUCUCCUGGUGGAUUUACGCACGGGGGACCUGAAGCUCAUUGACUUCGGCUCCGGGGCCAUCCUGAAGGACACCGUGUACACAGACUUUGAUGGCACGCGAGUGUACAGUCCUCCCGAGUGGAUUCGUUACCACAGGUACCACGGGCGCUCAGCAACUGUAUGGUCCCUGGGUGUUCUGCUGUACGACAUGGUGUGCGGAGACAUCCCGUUCGAACACGACGAGGAGAUUCUGAGAGGACGGCUCUUUUUCAGAAGGAGAGUCUCACCAGUGUGUCAGCAGCUCAUCAAAUGGUGCCUCUGCUUGAGACCUUCAGACCGGCCUACAUUGGAGCAGAUUUUUGAGCAUCAGUGGAUGCGGAUGGAAGAAAACCCGAAAACAGCCGAAAGCGUCGACAUCACACUUCACACCAUCAGUACAGAAGCAGGAAAAGAGAGCCUUUGACGGAUGCGGGGAUGCAGAGUGAAUGGACUCUCUGAGCUUUUUGCUUUUGUUUCCAAUCUGUUGGUUAUCAGGACUUCGAUUUAUGUUGCAUAAUUGUCGUUUUUAUUUUUGGUUGUGUUUCUUGCUAAGGGUGAGUUGUUACCCGUAGGGAUUGCGUGAGCAGUGAUGCUGGUGAUCCUUUGAUCUUACUGGUCGCUCUUAUAGAGCUUGGACAUUAUUUUUUUUAGACUAUCUUUUUAGUUUUCGGUGCCUUUUUUGGAAAGCUGCUUUUAUGGGAUUUAAGUCACGACAGACACCAGGUGGAUUUUAGGGGAAUUCCCCUCGACUCAUGGGAAGCUUCAAAGACUGUAUGUAGUUUUGUGGUGGGUCUCCCUUGCCCUCUAGUGGUCGAAUACUUGAAGUACACACUUACUACUCUUAACAGUAUCUCUCUGCUGCUCUACCAUUCAUAUUCACUAUUUGGACAGUUUCCCCAUCUGUUGUACAUUUUUCUGAAUGUCUUCCACCAUUUUAUCUCUGUUGAUGUCACUUUUUAGACUUUGCUUGGCAGAGACUUGAGUGAUGUGCACAAUCAAUGCAAUAUUCAUGGACUCACUUUCCUUCCCCCCUUUUUUUGGACUUUUUUUUUUUUUUUUCAAAUACAAGUAUUUGUAUUGUAUUUAUGUACAUUUUUUUUUCUUCCAUGUAUUUUAUUUAUUCAUGCAAUACAAAACAUUCCACAUUCAGUGGCUAUUUAUUUAUUUAUUCAUUUUAUACCAUCUGCAAAAAGUCAAUUGAAAAUGUUAAAUGUAAAGAGUCCCCUGGGCUUAUCUUUAGUUUAACCUAAAGGGUCAUAGACAUGCUAAAGCUAUCUAAUACUGAUACAAAUAUAAGAUUGAGAUGUUUAGUGAUGCCAUUUUCUGAUGUAGUGUAUAAUUUAGAAUCAGUUUUCUCUCCAUGUGAAGUGGAAGUAAAAGUGUUUUAGUCUUUCCACUGUGACAGUGUGGAAUUAUUUUUUAUUAUUAUAAUAAUUUUUUUUUUGAACUGGUGAAACAUUUAUUUUUUAUAUUGGACACAAUAAAUUCCUUUCAUAUGUA